GUUUGUUUUAAACAUCCCUGUAUAUUAUAACUAUUGGGUUAGUACACGUAGAUUUGGAGCUGAAUGAGUCGUUCACCGCACUUCGGAGGAUGAAUUUGGGCACAGUUUUUGAUUUUAGAGAUCUGGACAAGAAUGUCCAGGUCCACCUGAAGAACGUUUACAGUACGUUAUCGUUGGCCUGAUAUUGUCAUGUGUUGGGGCUUAUCUAUUCCAGAUUUCUUCUUUCCUGCACUCUAUGGUUACUUCUCUCAUGAUCUUGUCAUUCAUCGCAUCUCUUGGUUGCUCUCUGUUUAUAUAUUUCACACAACAUUCACGCGAAACACUCAACUCUAGACUUGGCGCAUUCUUCUUAUUCUCGUUCUCAACAGGUAUUGGAUUUGGUCCUCUUCUACAAAUUGUGUCGAUAAUCAAUCCUGAUACUAUACCAACUGCCCUCCUGGGUAGCGCUUUGAUUUUCGUCUCAUUCACUUUGGCAGCACUAUUUACACGAAAACGAUACUUCAUUUACAUUGGUGCUGCAUUGAUGUCUGCCACUAGUCUACUGGCUACUUUUAGCCUGAUGAACUUAUUUAUCCGCUCUCCGGCUAUAUAUGAGGCUGAACUUUACAUCGGAUUGGCUAUAUUUUGUGCUUUUGUGGUUUACGACACGCAGUUGAUCGUUGAAAAACGUCGCUCUGGAGACACGGAUUUCAUAUGGCAUACUUUGGACUUGUUCAUCGACUUCAUUGAAAUAUUCCGCCAUCUUCUCGUCAUCCUCAAUUCUAAAAGGAGACGCAACCGUGAUGAAGAGUAGACGGUAGUAUGCUACACACCCUUUUCAGUUUAAAAUUAAGCCUACGUACUUAAAUUUUCCAGUGGUAUUUUCCACUGAUACUAUUUCAUUUAAAUUUGAAUGUUCUCAUAAAAAUCUAACAAAAAAAAUCUAAAAUGUUUAAAAAGCAAUCUGUUUUUGUUGAUUUAAGAUUUGAAUGAAUUAAAAUGCAUGAAUAUAUUUUCUCUUGUCUAUCAUACAGUAUCCCAAAAUAUUUCUGUUUUAAAUGCUAAGGUAGUUGAAACUAUAUAAUAUUAAAUGUACCGAUAUUUGCUUUAUGCUCCAGAAUAUAGACUCUGUGAGUUAAAA